CGACUCGAUAUCGGAAUGCUAAUCGAGUGGUUGCAAUAGCCGGUUGACAAAAACCUGAAACAGGAUGUGACCUACCCAUCAUGCACGACGAUGACGCCAAAGAUCUUCAGAGAAGGUGUAUUAUGCGGUAUUAUCGAUGUGCUUUAAAACGUCCCAUGUGGGUGAGUGUGCGUUGAAGCUGCCAAAAUCGCGUAGCAUCAUCAUCCAUCAUCAGCAUCCGUCUCGGAGGAGGAUGCUGCGGCGAGACCGCAGUCGACCUUAAUCCUAAUCCCAGUCCCAUUUACUUUUCAUUCCUUUUGUUCGCAUCUGCAUCAUGUUCCCAUCGUGCUGCUCUAAACCUGCGAACAGCGGCGGUAAGAGGAGCUCCAUGGCCAAACUCGUCCUGGGGGUGUUUUUGGUCUACAUGGCCCACACCGCCUGGCUGCUGUACGGAUUCCUCAACACCAAAUCCUGCGAUGAGGGACGAAGGGAGGAGGGCUGCAUCACAUCCUACCUGUCGGCCAGACCAAGACUGCAGUUGAGUGUGUUCACCUGCCUUGUUCCAGAUAACAGUCAGCUCAAUCUGGCUCUGAGAAUCGAUCCAUUUGACCCGCAUUCUACAUUUGAGAGGAAGGUGAAUGUCCCCUUACCUGAGGAGACUCGCGCCAACGGCAGCUUGUAUGCGGUAGUGUACGUCCACAAGGCCAGCGUUUCCCCUUUGGAGGACAACCGAGAGGUGCAUCAUGCAGCUCUGCUUACCACCCACAUAAGCCCCGUAACUGAAGGGCACAGAGAGACAAAGAAGCGCUCCAAAUUAAAGCAUCCUGUAUCCCACUGGAGACCCCGCCUGUCAGUUACGAUGAUGUCAGAGGACUUCACCUUCACCAAGGGAGGACUCCCCAGCGACAUGCGCCGCUUCAUUCGAAUCUCACAGGAAGGAAGACGGAUAUUCUACCUCCCUCUUCUGCUGAUUGACGAGCUCAGCUUCAGAAUGCGAGAUCUCAUGGAGAUCAACAGAAGCACCACUCAUCUGCCCCUCACUGUGUCCUACGAGGGCAUUUCUCUCAGGAAAUUCCGAUUUUGGGUCCAUCUCCAGGAUGUGGUUUAUUCCCUGCGGCAGUUUGGCUUCUCCGAAGAGUAUAUUGAUGAAAUUAAAGGGACCCUGGUUGGCUCAAAUCUGUAUCUAUUAGUUCUGACUGCCCUCAUCACAACCCUGCAACUCAUCUGUGAAUUUCUGGCUCUUAAAAAUGACAUCAGCUCCUGGAGGAAAAAGAAGAGCAUGGCAGGAAUGUCCAGGAAAUCCGUUUUGUGGCGAAGUCUCGGGAUUUUGGUGAUUUUCCUCCACCUACUAGGGGAGACCAGCCUACUAGUGCUAGUUCCUGUUGGGCUGGCUGCGUGUGUGGAGGUGUGGAAGGUGUUGAAAGUAUUUCGGAUCAACUUGCCGUGGCGACGACCCUGCGUAAACAAGUUGGAUGAGGAAGAGCGGAGGACAUUGGAGUUUGAUACACAGGCAUCAACAUACUUGUCCUACUUGAUCUAUCCCCUGUGCAUCAGUGGAGCUAUUUUCUCACUGGCCUACUUACGGCAAAAAAGUUACUUCUCCUGGAUGCUCAACAGCCUGGUAACAGGAGUGUAUGCAUUUGGCUUCCUGUCUACGGCUCCUCAGCUAUUUAUCAACCACAAGUUGAGAUCUGUGAGCCACCUGCAGGGGGCAGUGUUGAUGUACAGAGGAAUGAACACCCUGAUUUCAGACCUUUGCUCUUGUGCUUCCACAUUUUCCUCAUCUGAGGCAUUCUUGUCUUCCCACCAACUCUCCUGUUUCAGAGAUGAGCUCUUCUUCUUCAUCUACCUCUACCAAAGAAGACGUUUUGCCUCAAAGGUCAGAACUCACGGCAAGAAAGUAAAGACUCAGUGAGCAGGCAGGAAAGCACAAGUGAGACAUUUGACUCUGCAGCAGCAGCAUCUGGUCCUUUCCUCAUCCAACUUGUUCUUUUACACUUUACAAUUACAUCCACAGCAUCGUACAACCUUAAUAUGAUUUUGCUUUGUAUGCUUCUUAUGCAUUUAAGAUUCAUCCUGGUCAUGCUGCAACUUACUGAGGUUAGCUAAUAGACACCCAAUAACUAAAAACUUUUAAUCUCCCAUACUUUACUAUAGUCUAUAAUGAUCAUUUGUUGUUGGUUUUUUUCCCCAUCGCAAAUGUAAAUAGACUGAAUGCAAACUGCUGAAUAGCAUGCUUGGAGCUGAUUUUUGAAUUAGAGAAAUGAACUGCAUUUGUGUAUGCCGUUUCUAAACCGACUUCAGUUUGCACUUGACAAAUAAAAAAUAUUAUUGUUUGUCCUUAAGUUC